CAAACACCAACCCCAGUCCCCACCCACCCUCUCUACCCCGCCACUUCAGACUGCGUUUAUAGCGAGCACCUCCACCGGCGCACUCUCCCAAGCGUUACCUCUCCCCACCGCUCUCUCCAGAUCCCACACCGUCGUUUCAGUUUUCCCCGGCGAAAUCGAAUUCGAUUCCCCGACGAUAAGACUCGCCAAGGGAAGAAGGACAAAAUCCCUUUCUGAUUUUUGCAAUCCCUAAGAUCGGAAACCUAGCAUUUCUACGGCGGCAAUGGAACUCCGUUCACGUAAAAUCACCUCCAAGCCUCCGACCGACGGUUACGAGGACCGCGAGGGUACUUCAUCAGGAGAAGCUGAUGUUGAUCAUUUGUCCCACGAUGCUGGCUCGGAUGAGGAGAUCUAUGUGCCACCUUCAGAUUCUGAUUAUAAUAGUUCUGAUAGUGAAGGUGGGAUGCCCAUGGAUGCUGACUUCUCGCCCUUUUCAAAGGGUAAAGCGAAAGGCAAGUUGCACAUUCCUGCUGGCCAGGGGGGUGCUCCUUCUGGCAAUCCUUCUGCUGCUCAUAACGAUAAUCCAGAUCCUCCUGCUGCUCAUAUCGAUAAUCCAGAUCCUUCUGAAGAGCCUGCCAAUGAACUUAUAACAUCUCUGACUUUGGCCACAACUCAAGCUGAUGCUGCUGGGGCAAGAAAGAGGAAACACAAAUCAGGGAGGAAGAAGGACAAAGAUAGUUCAGCGCCUCCUCUACUGUGGGAAGUUUGGGAGGAAGAACACGAGAAAUGGCUUGAUGAAAACUGUGUUGAAGAUGUGGAUUUAGAUCAGCAGAAUGGUUUUGUAGUUGAAGCUGCUGAGGCACCAUCAGAAUUGGUUAUGCCUUUGUUAAGGUACCAGAAGGAGUGGUUGGCAUGGGCUUCAAAACAGGAAGAAUCUUCAACUAGAGGGGGAAUUCUUGCUGAUGAGAUGGGUAUGGGGAAGACUAUUCAGGCGAUUUCCCUUGUACUUGCCCGAAGAGAGAUGCACAGGAAAGUUUGUGAAUUUGGAACAUCAACAUCUGGUUCUAGCACUGGUUCGUCAUCUGGAAUAAAAACUACCCUCGUUGUCUGUCCUGUGGUUGCUGUGACUCAGUGGGUGAGUGAAAUUGACCGUUUUACUAAGAAAGGAAGUGCCAAGGUACUGGUUUAUCAUGGUGCAAAUAGAGGGAAAGACUCGAAGCACUUUGCAGAUUAUGACUUCGUUAUUACUACAUACAGUAUUGUUGAGGCUGAAUUCAGAAAGUAUAUGAUGCCACCUAAGAAACAAUGCAGUUACUGUGGGAAGUCAUUUCAUGAAAAGAAAUUGUGGAUUCAUCUUAAAUAUUUCUGUGGUCCCGAUGCUAUCAGAACUGCAAAACAGUCUAAGCAAGUCAAGAAAAAAUUCAAAUCUCAACUGGGAAAAGACCAGCAGGAAACUGAUGUGGAUAUUCAAAAGGGUGAAUCUUCUCCAGGUUAUAAAAGAAAAGGGGGUUGGAGGAAAUCAACCGGGAAUAGUGGUGAUAGUGAAUUAGGGUAUUCAGAAUUUGAGCUAGCCUUGAGGAAGAAAAGCUCAGUCCUGCACUCUGUCAACUGGCAGCGUAUAAUAUUGGAUGAGGCACAUUUCAUAAAAGACAGACGUUGCAAUACUGCCAAGGCCAUUUUUGCUUUAGACUCUUCGUUUAAGUGGGCUUUGAGUGGUACCCCCCUCCAGAACCGUGUUGGAGAGCUUUACUCUUUGGUGCGGUUCCUCCAGAUUGUACCAUAUUCAUAUUACUUGUGCAAGGACUGUGACUGCAGAAUUCUUGAUUAUGGAUCUUCAAGUCAAUGCUCUAGUUGUGCUCACAGUUCUGUGAGGCAUUUCUGUUGGUGGAAUAAAAACAUUUCUAACCCAAUACAAUCCUAUGGGAAUCUUGAUACUGGGAGAAGAGCUAUGAUAUUGCUGAAACAUAAAGUUCUGAAGAACAUAGUGCUAAGGCGGACCAAAAAAGGGCGAGCUGCUGAUCUUGCUCUUCCUCCUAGGAUCGUUAAAUUGAGGCGAGAUACCCUGGACGUUAAGGAAGAAGAUUAUUAUGAGUCGUUAUACAAUGAGAGUCAGGCACAGUUUAAUACCUAUAUCAAGGCUGGAACUGUGAUGAAUAACUAUGCUCAUAUAUUCGAUCUCCUCACCCGCUUACGCCAGGCAGUUGAUCAUCCAUACCUUGUGGUAUACUCCGCAACGGCAGCACAAAGAAAUGCAAACACACUGGAUACUAAUGAUACUGAACAAGUUUGUGAAAUUUGUCACGAUCCGGCAGAAGAUCCCGUGGUCAGCUCCUGCGAACACAUCUUCUGCAAGGCAUGCUUGCUCGAUUUCUCUGCUUCCUUAGGACAAGUCUCCUGUCCCAAUUGCUCGAAACUGCUGACUGUUGACUUCAGCACAAAGGCUGAUGGUGGUGCGUCACAGCCCCGAAAAACUACAUCUGUCAAGGGUUUCAGAUCUGCUAGUAUCCUCAACAGAAUACAGUUGAACGAUUUCCAGACCAGCACCAAGAUAGAGGCUUUGAGGGAAGAAAUUAGAGAUAUGGUUGAAAGGGACGGUUCAGCUAAAGGAAUUGUUUUCAGCCAGUUCACUUCAUUUUUGGAUCUCAUACACUACUCCCUCAUCAAGUCUGGGGUGAAUUGCGUUCAGCUAGUGGGAAGCAUGACCCUAUCACAAAGGGAUGCAGCUAUCAAGAAAUUUACCGAUGAUCCAGACUGCAAGAUUUUCCUCAUGAGUCUGAAAGCUGGAGGCGUUGCCCUCAAUCUAACAGUAGCAUCCAAUGUUUUCUUGAUGGACCCUUGGUGGAAUCCAGCCGUGGAGCGGCAGGCGCAGGAUAGAAUCCACCGCAUUGGACAGUAUAAACCUAUCAGGAUCGUGAGAUUUAUCAUCGAGAAUACAGUUGAGGAGAGGAUUCUGCAGCUGCAAGAGAAGAAGGAAUUGGUCUUUGAGGGGACUGUCGGUGGUUCGUCGGAAGCCCUUGGGAAGUUGACAGAGGCAGAUUUAAGGUUUCUGUUCGUAAAUUAACUUCCCGCAUUGCGAACGUAGCAUGAAAGACUAACAGGGAAUCAACGGGUGACCUCUGUUUUUGCCUUUGCAAGGGCCUUUAGUUUACGGCUUCUUUUUUCAGCCCAUAUUUUGUGGUUGGUAGAAUUUGCCGUCUGCCUUUACCCCGCCCCUAGGUAUUCUCUGUUACGUUAUAGUUAAAGCAUUUUGAUAAACUGUCUGCUGAUAGAAAUCGAGAACUUCAGACCUGAAAUCAUAUUAGCUUAUUAACUAUGUUCAGCAGUACAUUGAAAUGAUAAGGACUAGGAUGCGCCGUUUUAGAUGAACUCUGCCGAAGAUGAAUGGGAAUGACCUUGUUCUUGGAGGACAUACAUCUAAAUUCUAAUACUGAUGGACAUGACUAUUACUAGCUUACUCAUGUUUGUAACAUCCAACAAUGCAAUUCGAAGUUCCUUCUCUCAGCUUCUGGAAGGCACGUUCUCAUGAAAAGUAUGUGAAUAUAAUUUGUGAGAACGUGUAUAGAAUAGUUGAGAGUCGUUAGAUCGGUUGGCCGCUUCCUGAUUGUUAAAAUCAAGACAUUUUUUAAAA